GAAAAAUAAUAGAAAAUGCUAUCCAUUACUUGUUAUUAUUUAAAAAAUGUAAAUUAUGUAAUUGCUCAAGUGUGAAGAUGAUACAAGAUUUUUAAGAUAAACCAUUUUCAAAAUUCUUUGAAUAAUUGAUUAAGAAUCGCCGAGUAAAAUACAACCUUCAUAUAAUAAUAACUUUACCGAGCUAAUCUUGGAAAUUAAUUUCUCAUAACUUCUAAGAGGGAUAUAAACCAUGCUCAUUCGGAUUUUACCGCUACCGCUGAUGUUACACCUGCGUCCUGACGGCGUCAUUAUGGACGCAGGUAACCCUAGUGUACGGCGAUUUUGACAGUCAUACGAAAAAGAUCGGGAUAGUCCUUUUUAAUCAUUUCUCUGAUGAAACCUUUAGGGCCUAUCCAAAUAGUGUAAUCUUUAUGCAUAAGAAAAUUGAUUGGUAGAUUAUACACGUAUUAAUGGACCAAUCAAUUUCCUUAUGGAUGGUUAUGCAGCAGUUAUACAAGUUUGUUUGGAUAGAUCUUUAACGUCUUUUUUUUUGGAUUCUUCGAGAAUAUCGGAUUUUUAUUUCUAUAUUAUUUGAAGUUUAGAGUAGCGGAUGCAUGUUGCAACUUUCGUUGUAUUUUUGCAACAUAGCAGACAGCUGGUUUAAGUUAGGUUAAAGUUAACCAUUUAAAGUUUUCAUUCUGUUUAUACUCCGCAUACGCUACGAAGCUGCAGGAAUUAACUCGAACAAGAACUUUAAAUUGUGAAGUGUAACUCUGCGUUGCAAAAAUAUUCAUAAUGAAUAAUGUAGCAGAUACUUCUUCAGACGAAGAUGAUCCAUAUACAAAUUCUGUUGCUCUUUUAAGAGCAUUAAAAAAACGACGCUUUGAGACACUUUCUUCUGAUGACAGCAUUGAGCAGCAAAUGAACAAUGAAGAGAUAAAUAGUAAAGAGAUAAAUGGUAAAGAGGUGAACAGUAAAGAGAUAAACAGCAAAGAAAUAAAUGGUAAAGAAAUAAAUGAUGAAGACAUACUCACACACAUGUGUAUUGAAGAAAUAAGUUACAAAGGCAUGCAAACGCGAAGCAGUAUGGUAAGACGUAGAAAGAAUCGCAAGAUUCCUACCAAAGCUAAUAGUAGGCGAACUAGGGGAAGGCGUUUGCCUAUUAAUUUAGAGUAUAGUGAAGUCGAGGAAAUAACAGGACAAAUACCUGUAACAUCUAAGGAUAUAAUCGCAUUAUCAGAUGAUGAUCCAUACAACGAAGAUGAUAACUAUGAGAUAAAUGUAAAAGUGUACUGGAGAUCAAACAGACUUGAUCGUUUAACUAUGCAUAGACAUGAUAGUUUUAAAAAAAUUUUCCAACAUUAUGCUGAUUUGGAAAAAGUCUCUGUGAAUGAAGUCCUAAUUAUGAAGGGGGAUAAAAUUAUUAAUCACACGGAUACUCCUGCAUCACUUAAACUUUCCAUUAUAGAUAUACUUGAUGGUGGGAUAGUCAAUCCAGGUAUGAAUACAUUAUCCAAAGAUGAGAGCAACGACGAAAAUAUAUGUACUAUUAAAGUGCAAACAGCGAACAAGAAACAGUCUUUGACUAUCCCACUUAAAAAGGAUGAACAAUUUAAAGUGCUAAUCGCUAAUUGCGCUAAGGAACUUGGCGUGACGGAAAAUAAUCUGAAGCUUUACUUUGAUGGGGAACAAAUUAGUCCAACUGAUACUCCCGAGUCUUUAGAUCUUGAAGAUGAAGCAUGUAUCGAUCUUCAUAUUUCUAUGUAAAAUGUAAUGAAAUUUUAUUUGUAUACCUUAUUUUAUAGAUUGUAUUCAUUUUAAAUUAUAAAUAUAUCAUUACUUGUACAUGGCUUCCAAAACUUGUAACUUAAACUGAUAGCAGAGAACUAGACGUAAGCGCUUAAACGAUAUUCUGAUAUUAUUUAGUUAAACCUGUUAAGGUAAUAUAUUAAUAUUACUCAUCUUGUCUCUCCUUAUUAGAUGGGAUAUCCAACACAUUUCUUACGUCUUUACAUUCUUCACUGCCUUACCCUACGUCACAUUACGUUACAUUACAUUACGUCAGAUUAGAGCACUUAUGUCUCGGUCUCUGCAAUCGGCCUUAGAUUACAUGUAAUAAGAGAAGGUUUUAAACAGAAUGUACUGUUGUAUUAUUUUUUUUAAGUGUUAAUCAUGUAAGUUAAUAAAGUUAUACUUAAAUCA